AAUUGGUAGGCCUAUACUCGGAAAUACUGCACACUGUGCAGUUGUAUGCAUACGUGUUAUUAGGCGAGUUUACAUUGCUGUGUAUUAAUGCCAAAUUGCUUGUCUGCAUCACAAUGUCUCACUGGAAAAUCGAAGUUCUCUUCUCGACCACAGUUUGUCUUCUUCUCGUAGUGCGGUUUGCAGAGGCAGCGCCCAACACGAAGGAUUUGGGCGAGAACAGACCCAAGACCAAAGGAAGAUUUUCAUAUGUCUUACAUUCCAAAAUGCAAGAAUUUAUCGAGACCUUUCCAUCAUUCAGUUUGGAUGACAGCGGUAAUGGCUCGCUGAAGAAACGGGUGCCGACACAUGCCGAUAGAUAUUUACGCACUGGUGACGUUUCAUCAUUGGAACGUAGAUUAGACAAUACUCGGAGAACAGUGCGAAGCGCAGACAAGCUGAACAAAGACGCACGGAGUCGGAGAAGAAAACGCGAGAAGAGGAAACAGAAGCGAUCCAGUGCAGGUGGCGAGUCCCGCCGAGGUUCUGACGGGUUGCAUCCGAGGCGUGGAGGGGUUGAGUCACAGUCUGAGGCCGUACAACUCGUUUCUGCUAUCGCACACAACAUGCAGCGGGCUCUUAGCAACAUCCUGGCUGCAUCAACGACUCAAGCGCGCAGAGAGACGCGACAGUUGGCCCCGCAAGUGCUUGGGGAGUUACAGGUUCAGUUGCCGACGAGGACAACGCGAAGGACCGUAAGAUUCUCUGCUGAUGAUACACAGAUCGCGCCAGCUGAAGUGCGAACUCCUACUGACAAACCGCAACACGAAAUUCAAACGACAACUGGUGACAUCACUUCGGACUUCAACAGGGAUGGAAAUAAUAAGAGGGGCGAUGACGGUCAGCCAGUGAACAGUUCCAGUGUUCAACUUUCAGAGCAAACUGACCAACUGCGUGUUAUCAACCACAUAACCCGUCGCAAAGCCCCUUAUAAAAACGUGGUUCGGUUGUCAUUGGGCUGCACAGGUACCCUGAUCAGUCCAGUACACGUGCUAACAGCGGCUCACUGCCUACACAACGGGGUGACUUUCCGGCGCCACGCCCACAGAUCGUAUGUGGAAGUCCCUGCCUGGUACGGAUUUAUCUCACAUCGGAUCAGCAUGAUCCACGUUCCGUUAGGCUGGAUCAAGUCGGAUAGAACGCGCCGUGUCAACGGCGAUGCCUUGCGAGCCGUGCACGAUUACGCAAUCGUCACGUUGCUCACCCAAACGGCGGGAAACCGACACUUCCCGCGCUUUGGCGUCCCCGGCAACAGCGUCAUCUCCAACCCCAAAUUCGCCGGUUUCCCGUCCGACAAGCAGAACCAGAUGUGGGAGACCAGCUGCCCAUUGGACAGAAGUUCUGACGUGGUGCUGGGAGGUAAUCUCCUAUUGGCUGACUGUCGCGCUUCCCCUGGAAGUUCAGGCUCGGCAGUUUUUGUGACGACUGUAGAUAACGAGAACCUCAACGAUCGUCGUAUUGCAGGACUAGUCUCCAGCUCUGUGCUGGUAAACAGGCAAGGCCAACCCACGACCAAAACUCGUGUCACGGUCAUUAACAUUAUAACCAAGCGAAAGGGUAAAACAAUAUGUGCAAUGAUGAGCCGAGAGGACCCGAUUGGGGAGACGAGGUACACGACAAUGGAGUCUUGUACCAACAUGAACGACGGUGUCAGAAAUGAAAGGAACUCGUUUCAAACUAUAUUUGUCAAUAGACUUUACAACCACUGAGUAAUCUGUACAUAAAUCUAUAUCGUGCCAGCAAUGCAUCGAACUAUUCACGCAAUCGUCCCUAAACCGACCAAUUGUUCCCCCAGUUCAUUGGACCGUUAAUAAGCUAUUCCGGUCAUUUGUAAACUUGCGCUUGUAUUCAUUCCAUUUCAUUGGAACCGUUUUAAUGCAACCUCGAAGAUGCACAUUUGGGUCCCAUUUAACCCUAAUUUCAAUUUUCAUUUGCCAUCAUUAAGGGCAUUUUGGUGCUUUUUUGGUUUAUAUGCUAAUGCAAAUGUCCA